AUAAACGGUGCCCGCAUUUUCAAGCUGUGUGUGCUCCCUGGGAGCGCGCAGCACCGCGAUCCGGUGCCAGCUGUGUCCUCCGGACACAAUGGAACACCGAUUGUCAUACGGGAUCACAUGCAGAGUAGUAAGCAAUAUGUCACUUCUGACAUGAAUGAUCACAGCAUGUGACAAGCUGUGACCAAUCACAGCUCUCACAGUAUUUCUCAAUGGCUGCAAGAAUGCAGCCAGAGAGGAGAAAUGAUUGCUUUUACAUCCUUUAUGGGUGUAAAAGCAAUCAGUGUAAAAAAAAAAAUCUU